GAGACUUUGUGUGUUUGAUUUAAGUGAGAUGGCAGCGUAUGUGGUGCCAUAAAGGGAGAGCAUAGGUAGAUUUAAAUAGAUGUUUCUGGAUGUGAAAGAGAGGCAUUGUCCUUCUAAGCUUCAGCAUCCAGCAGGUUUGCAUCAUUGAGCCAUGGAGUCGUGCAAAGUGGUGGAAAACGUCUACCUCCUGGUCAUUGUUACACUCAUCAGUGUUCUUCAGAAUGUAUUUUUUGCCCAAAAGGUUGAGAGGGAAUGCAAGAACCGCAACAUGAACACGUCUGCUUUUGAACGAGUGUCUUGUGCAAACCGGAACUGCAUGGAUGCUUAUCCCACUUUCCUGGCAGUCAUGUGGUGUGCCGGAGUGUGCCUCAGUCAAGCUCCUGCUGCCUUUGCUGGCAUCAUCUACCUUCUCGUCAGGCAGAAGUACUUUAUUGGAUACCUGGGACAGAGCUCUCAAAGCACUCCUGGGUACCUGUUUGGGAAACGCAUCAUCUUCUUCCUGUCCAUGAUGUGCAUCAUUGGAAUCUUUAACUAUCUGCUGUGGCGUUUCUACGGCCGCGACUACAAGGAAUACGUGGAAACCAUCACAGGCGCAGCAUCUGCUCUCCUUCUGCUCCCUUAGUUUAGCUUAUUGCAUACAGUGAUGGACAUUAAGUAUUCAACACAACAAUACAUGUUUUAAGCAGUAAAUAUAACUAAUAACUUCCCCCACUAGGCUGACAUGUUGGUGCAACUCGAAUGAUUGACACAUGCAAGAAAAGGCCAAUAACUUACACUGGAUUUAGUAAAGCAUAUUGCCACAAAGAAUAACUAUUAAACAGAUGAAAAAGCAAGGUUUAAAAGGGUAAAGACAGACAAGAAAGGUGCAGGAAAUGAUUUAUAUAGUAUUUAGAAAGUAAUUUUCUUCCCUAUUAGAAAACAUAUCGGCUGGUUUAAUUACCAAUUGAGUACGAAAAUUGUUAAUUUGAAGGAUAUCCUACAAGAAGUGGGAAUCAAGACCAUUGCAAACUAUGUUCAAAAUUAUACUGAAGUCAAAUAGAGAUAUAUUUCUAAAAUGCUGAUUUCCAGGAAUGCAAUUAGUGCUGUAAUAUAGGAAUGGAAAUAGCAUAAUU